UGCGCCUCGCUCCAGCCGGGAACGGCGAACUGUGCCAGGCAUGUGUCUCGUGGGAAAGCCAGGACGAAAGUGACAAAGGCUGGGUGUCCGUCACGGGGAGACACGCCAAGGUAGCUACCGUGGUCUGUGGGUGCGUGCGAUCCCUGGGAGAUGUGGCCAAGGGGUGUGCUGGGCUGCACCCCGAACCAUUUUCAGGAGAGAAAAGCGAGUCCAGAAAGUGAGUGCGCGCGAGUGCGCGCGCGCGCGCGGGGGCGUGGCGGUAAACAGCAACAACUCGCACGCCAGCUUGCUCAGAAACUCCAAUCUCCCCUCCCGACCCGAAAGUGCGCAGCGGCCGAGCCUGGAGGGACCCAGCUGAAGCCUGGCCUGGGAGCCAGGAUGGUGGCCCACAAAACCUUGCUGAUAUACCUAGGACUGCCUCUCUUCUUCCCAGGGGCCGUGGCCCAGCACCAUGCCCCCCCUGGCUGCAGCCCGGACCUGGAUCCCCUGUACUACAACCUUUGUGACCGCUCAGGGGCUUGGGGCAUCGUCUUGGAGGCAGUGGCCGGGGCAGGCGUUGUCACCACAUUUAUGCUCACCAUCAUCCUCGUGGCCAGCGUCCCGUUUGUGGAGGACACUAAGAAGCGGAGCCCCCUGGGGACCCAGGUGUUCUUCCUGCUGGGCACCCUGGGCCUCUUCUGCCUUGUGUUCGCCUGCGUGGUUAAGCCUGACUUCUCCACCUGCGCCUCUCGACGCUUCCUCUUCGGGGUCUUGUUUGCCAUCUGCUUCUCCUGCCUGGUAGCCCACGUCUUUGCCCUCAAUUCUCUAGCCCGGAAGAACCAUGGGCCCCGAGGCUGGGUGCUCUUCACCGUGGCCCUGCUACUCACCCUGGUGGAGGUCAUUAUCAACACUGAGUGGCUGAUCAUCACCCUGGUACGGGGAGGUGGCCAGGUCAACCCUCUGGGCAAUGGCAAUGGUACCGACUGGACCAUGACCUCGCCCUGUGCCAUCGCCAACACGGACUUUGUCAUGGCGCUCAUCUACGUAAUGCUGCUGCUGUUGGGAGCCUUCCUAGGAGCCUGGCCCACCUUGUGUGGCCGCUUUAAGCGCUGGCGGAAGCACGGGGUCUUUGUGCUGCUUACCACAGCCAUCUCCAUUGCCAUCUGGGUGGUAUGGAUUGUCAUGUACACCUAUGGCAAUGAGCAGUACCAUAGCCCCACCUGGGAUGACCCCACACUGGCCAUUGCCCUCGCUGCCAAUGCUUGGAUUUUUGUCCUCUUCUACGUCAUCCCUGAGGUCUCCCAGGUGACCAAACCCAGCCCAGAACAGAGCUACCAGAGCGACAUGUACCCUACCCGAGGUGUGGGCUACGAGACCAUCCUGAAAGAGCAGACGAGCCAAAGCAUGUUUGUGGAGAACAAGGCAUUUUCUAUGGAUGAGCCAGCCUCAGCAAAGAGACCGGUGUCACCUUACAGUGGCUACAAUGGACAGCUGCUGACCAGCGUGUACCAGCCCACCGAGAUGGCCCUGAUGCACAAAGGCCCGUCUGAAGGCGCUUAUGAUGUCAUCCUCCCACGGGCCACCGCCAACAGCCAGGUGAUGGGCAGUGCCAACUCAACCCUGCGAGCCGAAGACAUGUACAUGGUCCAGAGCCACCAGGUGGCCACACCACCGAAAGACAGCAAGAUCUCUCAGGAUCAGUCCCCGAAAAAUAAAACGAGAUGGUAGAUGCCCUCUUCCCUGGACCACACCUCAUCCGGAUACCCUCAUUGCUCUGCAUCCAGCUGAGCAGGGCCCAGCAGCUAUCCCACCUUUGUCCUUGGAGCUGGGAGGGACCAGAGGCCACCAAUCUGAAGCAGUGGACUGAGUGGGGACCUUGAGAUAGGCAUGCGACUGGUGCUCAGAGAGCUACCUACCCCCUUGCCCAUCCCAGCCUCCUGGUGCCCAAGUGACUGCAGCUACAGGGAGCUAAAUAUUGACUACCAUCUCCUGCCUUAACUCGUGCCCCAAGUCACAGAAUCUGUGUCCCCAUGCGGUUCUCCAGGUGGUUCUUGUCCGGCUGUGAACAUUGGCUGUGUGACACUACUGCCUCGACACUGGACCUUCUUGGCCAUCAAUGUGCCACACAAAUGCACGUCAGAUGGAUCUUUGUGAGUCUGUGGAGACAAGCCACACAGGAGUUGUCCCUUGCCCUACUCAGGGCCUUCUGCCACCUGCUAGACUGUGGAAGGUCACCAGCUAAGGGCAGAGCCCAGGUUGGGAAGGCUGCUUCUCAUGACCUGAGGGCCCCAGGUCCUGGCGCCUUUGCACCUGGACCGAGUCUACCACACCUUUGGCGGGUUGUGUCCCAUCACCAGGGCAGGACCACUUUACCUGUUCUGUCCUCCCCGCUGGCCGGCACCACUCGGAAUGGGAGUCACAACACUCGUCCCAACUGGGAUGCUUUCAUUGUCCAGUACUGCCGCACAGAGAACCCACACAAGAGUUGAAGAGCUAGCGGGCCACUUUGGUGCUUAGGGCUUUGCACCAUUUAUGUACCUCAGUUAGCACCCCCACCCCCGGCCACAUCCCCACAGUCUGCUCCUGGCUUCGGUACUGGCUCCCAGGAUAGCUCCUGGGUCAGCUGCACUUGUGGAUAUCUCUGAAUUACCUAGACCUCACAGGUUCUGGAGGUCCCUGGACGUGUGGUUGGAGUCUGGGGCCACCCUUAGGAGAUGCUGGGUGGGAGUCAGGGCUGUGUUCUCAGGGUGAUUUGCCCCUUUCCUGUGUCAGACUUGGUGGGGUGUGUGGUCCAGGACUGCAGAUUGCUUGUGGAAAGAUGUCUAAGUUUCUACCUCCGCUUGGGCAGCAGAUGUCCUCAGGACGCCUGGACCUGCCCUGCUACUUUCAUCACUAGUGGAGCCUCUAGUGUCCUUGGCCUUAGGACAUGUACCUGAGGGAGCCUGAUGGCCACCCAGGUCAGAGAGGUCCAUUUCCAGGCCUGCGAGCUGCUGACACCAAUGACUAAGAUGGCCAUAGUCCAGACCCUGGAACCAAGAUCUCCACACCAUUGUCCUUUGUUCUACCCUGGGAUACCAGACAGAGCUUCCUCCUCCGUGGCCCCCCUAAGUGUGCCCUGGAGCCUGGCUCUUAGCCCAGCACUACUCAGUGCAAGUGUAGAGGUAAAGAUGAGCAGCUUCCCAGGAAGGCACCCCGGCUUAGUGCUUAGCCCUCAUGCUGUCCUCAGCAGCCUGUGCCUUUUAGCAUUGAGUGAAAGGUCCCCCAGAGUAGGACUGUACCUCCAAAUGUGGCUCCUCCUGCCUUGACCUCUCUGUUGAGUGAGCACCAGGUGCCUCAGUGUGCAGCGUGUGACGGGUGUGGCUGUGUUCAUAGCCCAAGUUCUGCCCGCAGUGAGGCUGAGGAAUGAUGGGCCCCUCCUGGAAGAUGCCGGCCUGCCUGGACCCAGAAGUUCCCACCGGUUACCCUGUGCCUUCCAGUUCCGGUUCCAGUGGAGAAGCACAUUUUUUAAGGAGGGUUGGGGACCUCCUAGUUUACAGCUUUGUGUCACAGACAAGCCUUGAGUGGGAGAGGAGUAGGCCCAGGCCUGGUUCAAGUUCACUACUUGCAGGCAAAUAACCUUGGUAGGUGUCACAGCAAACGCUGUUACAUCUUGUAGCGGAUGUAAAUGGGAGGUUCAACUUUGUAACUACUCAGAAUUAAAUGGCUGCCCUUUGUGUGUCAGGGGUCACUGGC